AUGAGAUCUCUUAUCACUGCUUCUGUAUUGGCGGCUUCCGCACUCGCUGCCGAACGUGUUCCGGUUUACGUCUACGUUGAUGACUGGAACUACACUGGCUCCGCACUUACUGACGAGCUGUACAAGUUGUCUGAGCUUGGGGUGAGUGCGAUUCUGCUUGCUUUCCACCUCGUCGGGAACCCCGGAUUCCCCGAGAACAUUGCUGACACCGUGUCUGCCUGGGCCGCGUUAUCGGAGUCUGAGCGCCAGGCCUUCGUUGACAAGCUCCAUGCCAACGGGACCAAGCUGAUGAUCUCGUCAGGGGGUGAAUCUGAGGGUCUGAAUUGGAAGGCCGUGGAUGCAACGACGUACGGUACUGAUCUCUGCAAUUUGAUGAAGAGCUUGAAUGUUGACGGCGUUGAUUUCGAUAAGGAAGGUUUCGCAAAGCAACUAUCGCUUGCCGCUCGGUAUGGCCUGAGGGUAUAA